AUGGGAGGAUCAUACUCCAAAUCUGUUACUGUAGACAUUAACAACCGUCCUGGAGGUGGAGAAGUCCAACAAGAUGGUAAAGGAUACUAUUACGAAAUUGAUGGUGGUCGAGUUCUUCUAACGGAUGACUGGUACCCUGAUUUGGAAGGAACGUAUAGGAAGUUAACACAUACUCCAGCAGGUGGUUGUACAAUAGGUGAUAUUAAGAAGGGAGGAAUUCCUCAGACUGGGUUUCCUGAUUUAGCUGUUUAUAGCACUAUCUCAAUCUUUUACUGGGAACUUGAUUCUAGCUAUAGUAAUCCACUAGUUAUUCAACUUGGCGAGGGAAAUAAUGAGUACUAUAAACAUGACGGUAGUACUUGGAGUAAGGAUAUAGAGGCAACUGGUAAUCUCAGAGAGGAACUUAACAAACAGAACUGUAAAAAGAAUAACGCUCAUAUUGUGAAUCUAUCUCAAAAGAAGAGUGGUUACAAUUGUCCAAGUUGUAAUACUGGAACAAAAAUCAAUGUAUCAUACUCCAGCAUCGCCAGUAUCAUUUCCUCUACAUAUACUAUUCCUGGUGCUAGGUCCGCUUCAAUCUCUGGUUUCAAGCAUAACAACAAUUGGCAAGCUGGACUUCCACCUAUUAAAAAUCUGCGGAAGGUUAUUGUCUACUGGAGCACUACUUCUAGUAAUAAGCCUCUCCUUUCAGCUACUCAAAGCAGACCACCGAAAUAUUUCAGAAGAAACAGUGACAAUGAAAACGCCUGGAUUGAAAAUACUACUGGUCAAUCUGCUCUUCCUAAUGGAGAAACUCCUCAAAUUAUUCCAAACUUAUCUGGGAAAGCUAAUACAACAUACAAUUACCAAGGUACUAAUAUACCUGUAACGGUGCGAAGUAGUUCGCUUGGUGAUUGUUAUUACAGAUACCAGCAUUCUCUUUGCGGUGGGCCAUUUAGGAUUACAAGAAUUACCCAUGGGACUGGAGCUACUUUAAAUGGUAUAGACUCUACUGACCCUUUAGUUAGUGUAACAGCAUACUACUUUGGAACUAGUCCUACACUUGAUAAGCUUCUCCUUGUUGAACUAUCUAUAAAAAAUAAUCAAACCACGUACAAGUACUUUCACAGACAGACUAAAGGUGCGGAUAGAUGGUCUCUAUAUCCUGAAUCUGGAGGAGGUACGGCUAAACUCUCUGAAGAUAAACUAAAGGCAACACUGGAUACCUUGUACUCAAUACAAUUUCCUGCUGAACAGACUGAUUCACAGGACAUUGGUCAGCAGAUAGGUGCCUUUUUUAAAAGAACGGAAGGCAUAAUUACUGCAACAGUUACCCCUGGCAUAGGCGGUACCAUCGGUCUUGCUGUAUGGAAAGGACCUGCUUUACUCGCACGACUAAUCACUCGUCUGUAA